AUGCGGCCGUCAAUACCUCGAUCGAUAGCGUCAACAUCGCGCUCCAUCCUCUCCUCCCAUCCUCCUACUCCCCUUCGUCCACUGUCUUUACCUCGGCACCUUUCUUCUUCGUCUGCCUCCACUUCGACCAACCUCAUCUCCGAACUGGAAUCCCGCAACCUCGUCUCGCACAUCACCUCGCGCGCUCUCCUUCCGCAUCUCUCCGCUGCACCACGCACCGUGUACUCUGGCGUCGACCCUUCCGCAGACUCGCUCCACGUGGGGAACUUGCUGCCUCUCUUGACGCUCGUCCACUUUGCGCGGUUCCACCACAACCCGAUCGUUCUCGUCGGCGGAGCGACCGGUUCCAUCGGCGACCCUUCCGGUCGGAGUUCCGAACGUAAUGCGCUCGACGCUUCUACCCUUCAGCGAAAUGUAGCUGCGAUUGGGCAACAGAUUCGGGACUUUUUCUCCCGCGCCAAAGACUUUCUCGCCGAGUCAGGAAGCGAGUUCGACGCGAGCGUGACCAUGAUGAACAACUACGAAUGGAUGUCCCGCUUCACCCUGCUCGACUUCCUCUCCACCGUCGGCCGCCACUCUCGUAUGACUUCGAUGUUGUCUCGGGACUCGGUCGCGUCGCGACUCUCUCCCGGUGCAGCGGGUAUGUCGUACACCGAGUUCAGCUAUCAACUCCUCCAAGCGUACGAUUUCUCCUUCCUCCACACCCACCACUCGUGCACCGUCCAAAUCGGCGGUUCCGACCAACUGGGCAACAUCACCGCUGGAAUCGAUCUCAUCCGUCGAACCUCCCCGACAUCACUCGAGACUCCGGCGUACGGGAUGACACUGCCGCUGCUAACGACGAGUUCGGGGGAAAAGUUCGGCAAGAGUGCAGGGAAUGCAGUCUGGUUGAGUAAGGGAAAGACGUCGGAUUGGAAGUUCUACCAGUUCUUUUUGCGCUCCAGCGAUGCUGAAGUGGAACGAUACUUGAAGUGUCUAACGCUUCUACCGGUAGGAGAGGUGGAGAGGCUGAUGCAGGAACAUGAAGGGCGGAAGAAGGAGAGGAAAGCGCAAACCGCACUAGCCGACCACAUGACGCGAUUGAUCAGGGGUAAAGAUGCUGUACGCAGAUGCAGGUUGAUCGCGGAGGUGCUGUUUUCCCACACAAAAAUCGACGGGGAUGCAAGGGAUACGCUGGCACAGCUCAACCUCGACGACAUCGAUGAAGACGACGUCGUAGCGAGGUUGAACAGGGACGAUGUGGUAGGGGUGGACGUCACGAGGGUCGUAGUGAAGGCUGGGUUGGUCAAGAGUAGAGGUGAGGCAAAGAGGUUGGCUGCCAGUGGAGGGUUGUACGUCAACAACAGGCAGGUAGCGGAAGGAAGUGCGGUGGGGCAGGAGGAGUUGGUGCCGGGGAAGGAUGGGCGAGGAGGGUUGUGUUUGGUCAGGGCGGGGAAGGCGGGGGUCAAGGUGGUGUUCGUUGAGCAGACGUGA